AUGCGCGGCCUUCCUCCCAACGGUCGCCGCCCCCCCGCGCCGCCGUUGGCCGGCGCCGCCUGUCAGUCACCGCGCGACCGGGGUCACGUGUCUGCGGCUGGGGCGGAAUCGACGGCGGCGGCAGCGGCGGCCGAGGCGAAAAGCUCAGGCCCCUCUGAGAUGGAGGACUCGCAGUGGACGCCAACCUCGGAGCAGCAGCAGGAGGAGGAGGAGGAGCAGCAGGAGGAGCCGGCGGCAAGGCCCGAGGAUACGACCGAGCCGAGAGGAGGGAGAGGCGGCAGAGGAGGAGGAGGCCGAGGGGGCAAGGGUUACACCUGCCCCGUGUGCGGGCGCACCUUCACCCAGUCGUCCAACCUGUCGCGGCACAAGCGGAGCCACAGCGCCGAGCGGCCCUGCCCCUGCUCGGUGUGCGGGAAGGGCUUCCUCUACCCGUCGCAGCUGAAGAUCCACAUGCUGGGCCACAGCGGUGAGAAGCCCCACGCCUGCCCCCACUGCGGCAAGGCCUUCGCCCGCAUGUCCGGCCUCCUCACCCACCAGUGGGUGCACACGGGCGAGCGGCCCUACACCUGCCCCGUCUGCGGCAAUGGCUUCACCGACCCGUCCAGCCUGAGCGUCCACCAGCGGGGCCACACCGGCGAGCGGCCCUACGUCUGCGCCGAGUGCGGCAAGGCCUUCGCCCACUCCUCCACCCUGCUGGCCCACCAGCGGGUCCACACCGGCGAGCGGCCCUACGUCUGCCCGGACUGCGGCAAGGGCUUCACCCAGUCCUCGGUGCUGGUGGCCCACCGGCGCCUCCACAGCGAUGAGCGGCCCUACGUCUGCGCCAUGUGCGGCCGGGCCUUCACCCAGUCCUCCUCGCUCCUCACCCACCAGCGGGUGCACACCGACGAGCGCCCCUUCGCCUGCCCGCUGUGCGGCAAGCGCUUCCGCUGGCUCUGCAACCUGCGCACCCACCGGCGCACCCACACGGGCGAGCGCCCCUUCGCCUGCCCGCUGUGCGGCAAGCGCUUCGUGGACUCCGGCAACCUGCAGGCCCACCGCCGGCUGCACACCGGCGCCAAGGACUUCGCCUGCACCGUCUGCGGCAAGGCCUUCGUCCAGCAGGCGGCGCUGCUGGUGCACCACCGGGUCCACACCGGCGAGAAGCCCUACAUCUGCUCCACCUGCGGCCGCGGCUUCGCCCUCUCCUCCACGCUCGCCAUCCACCAGCGGGUCCACACCGGCGAGAGGCCCUUUGUCUGCAACGUCUGCGGGAAGGGCUUCUCCCAGUCCUCCGCCCGCCUCAAGCACCAGCGGGUCCAUGCGGCCGAAGGGGUGGCCCAGGAGCCAGCCUCCUGA